GAGAGAGAGAGAGAGAAUAGAAAAAGUGUUAAGAGAGUGAGAGACGAGACGACUACUGUACUCUGUAAAGCACCUCAUUACUGUUUCCAAAUACCUCUAAUUCUGGGAAACCAAUGGCUCUGAUCAUAUCUUCAUACCCUCUUGGAAGGGUCUUUGCCUCCUGAUUUUUACUUACCAUUUCUGAUGACUGCGAAUCGGACGAUCGGGAGUUUCCUAUCUUCUCGUAGAGCACACAGUUUAUAGCUCCCCAACUCUUUUCGCCUCUCUCUCUCUCCCUCUGUCACACUCGUCUUUGUGUCUAAACAGACUUUUCUCUCCUCUGUCCCUGUCUGUGCUUCUCUCUCUGACUGAAAUUCUUUUUCAUUCUCUUCCUUUAUCGUUUUCUCGCCGCAGAUCUCUCUCUCUCUCUGGUGAGAAUCAGAUCCGUCCGAUGUGUAGACUUUGACUUCGUCGUGAUCUGAUUCAGUGCCGGAGCAAGCUUUCGGGAUGGGGCAGUGCUACGGCAAGACCAAUCCAACAACCGAGAAUGACGCGACCAUAACUACAAUUACCGCGGUCUCUGACGAUCGGCCUCAGACGCCGUUACCGUCGGGAAGCGGGAGUAACGGCGCAGUCAACGUGCCGACGGUGAAGAAUACGCCGGCUCGGUCCUCGAACCCGAGCCCGUGGCCAAGCCCGUAUCCGCACGGCGUGUCCGCGAGCCCGCUCCCCGGCGGCGUGUCCCCAUCUCCGGCGAGGGGUUCGUCUACUCCGAGAAGGUUCUUCCGGCGGCCUUUCCCGCCGCCGUCUCCAGCGAAGCACAUCAAGGCAUCGCUAGCGAAGCGGCUCGGCCACGCCUCCAAGCCGAAGGAGGGCCCGAUCCCCGAGGAGCGCGGAGCCGAGCCUGAACGAGCACUGGACAAGAGCUUCGGCUACAGCAAGAAUUUCGGAGCCAAGUACGAGCUUGGGAAAGAGAUAGGGCGAGGGCAUUUUGGUCAUACUUGCUCGGCGAGAGGCAAAAAGGGCGAGCUUAAGGAUCAGCCUGUUGCUGUGAAAAUCAUAUCGAAAUCGAAGAUGACAACAGCAAUAUCAAUUGAAGAUGUUCGUAGAGAGGUGAAGAUAUUGAAAGCUUUAUCGGGCCAUAAGCAUCUGGUCAAAUUUCAUGAUGCAUGUGAGGACGCCAAUAACGUGUACAUAGUCAUGGAAUUGUGUGAAGGUGGGGAACUUCUGGACAAAAUUUUAUCGAGGGGAGGAAGGUAUGCCGAGGAAGAUGCAAAACUCAUAGUUGUGCAAAUUCUAAGUGUAGUUGCAUUUUGUCAUCUUCAAGGAGUUGUGCACCGUGACUUAAAGCCAGAGAAUUUCCUUUUCACUUCUAGAAGUGAAGAUGCUGACAUGAGGCUUAUUGAUUUUGGCCUUUCUGACUUUAUCAGACCAGAAGAAAGACUUAAUGAUAUUGUUGGAAGUGCAUACUACGUUGCACCUGAAGUCCUUCAUAGGUCUUAUAGUCUGGAAGCAGAUAUAUGGAGCAUUGGUGUUAUCACCUACAUCUUAUUAUGUGGAAGCCGGCCCUUUUGGGCACGCACAGAAUCUGGAAUUUUCCGUACAGUCCUAAGAGCAGACCCAAAUUUUGAGGAUUUACCUUGGCCUUCUGUGUCUGCAGAGGCCAAGGACUUUGUGAAAAGGCUCCUGAACAAGGACUAUAGAAAAAGAAUGACUGCAGUUCAAGCUCUCACUCAUCCGUGGUUGCAUAAUGAUAUUCGUCCCAUCCCAUUAGAUAUAUUGAUCUAUAAGUUAGUCAAGUCAUACCUUCAUGCUACACCCUUCAAGCGUGCAGCACUAAAGUCUCUUUCAAAAGCUUUGACAGAGGAUGAGCUGGUGUAUCUCAGAGCUCAAUUCAGACUGUUAGAACCAAAUAGAGAUGGGCGCGUCUCUCUUGAAAACUUCAAAAUGGCUCUAGUGCGAAAUGCAACUGAUGCCAUGCGGGAGUCCAGAGUUCUUGAUGUUAUAAAUGUGAUGGAACCACUUGCUCAUAGAAAGAUGGACUUUGAAGAGUUUUGCGCAGCUGCAAUCAGCACACAUCAAUUGGAGGCCUUUGAUGGGUGGGAACAGAUUGCAUCCACUGCUUUUGAGCAUUUUGAACAAGAGGGUAACCGCGUUAUUUCAGUCGAAGAAUUGGCAAGGGAAUUGAAUCUUGGCCCGCCAGCCUAUAAUAUCCUCAAAGAUUGGAUCCGAAACACAGAUGGAAAACUUAGUUUACUUGGAUAUACAAAAUUUUUGCAUGGUGUGACACUCCGUAGUUCAAACACAAGACACCAUUAGUUUUUUAGCUUUUGACAUAUAGUUCUAAAAUUCAUGGGAUUAGAGGAUUUGCAGGAUUUUUUUUUUUUUUUUUUUUUUUUUUUUUUUCCCUCAGGGGAAUGGGGUAAAGAAAAUGUGUAUAAGUGAAUUUUAGUCAAGGCAGUUCUGGGACUGGAAUUUUACUUAUAUUGAAGAAUUUCUGCUUGCUCUUACCCUAUUUUUGCAGUUCAUCUAUCUCUAUGGGUUCGAGCUCAGAUUGUGACCGUUUAUCAAUUUUGAAGUUCUAAAGGUUUAUGUAGUCAGGGCAAGGGUUUCCAACUCUGAUUACCGCUGAGGUUAUUAACUCUUUAUUGUUUUUGUAAAUUGAAUAUACAUUGGUUGUAAAAUGAAAAUAAAUGAUAUGAUUUUGUUACUAGUUAACUUAUGGAAAGGAUUUGCCA